AUGUUUUUUACAAGGUGGUUCAAUGUUCUUGGAGACUGUCUUGCCCAAUCCGAAGUUAAGCUUGAUGACUUCCCUCCUCAGAUGUUUCAAAAAGGCAUUUCUGAGUAUGAGGAGAUGGGUUCAUCGCAAAGGCUGAAACUUUUGAAUUUCUUGUGCGAUGAAACGCUUAGCACAACGGUGCUGAGGGAUUGCCUUGCUAAUCCUGAAUCUGUUGAAAGGAAAAAGGAAGCAAAAGAAAAGUUGAAUGCAGCAAAAGCUAACGAGCAAAAACUAUAUCAGAAGUUAGAAGAUGAGUUCUCCAAAGCUCAAGCAGAGAAUAAUGGGGUUGAGUUGGCAAUUAAACAACGGCUUGCAAUUGUAUCACAAAUGGAAGCUGAAUCUGAACUAGUCUUUGCCGGAAUGCAAAACGCGUUAAAAAUGCAAAAUAUAAUUCUGAAUUCAUGUGAUUGAUUGUUUAUAACAAUGGUUUAGGGGCUUAUUUUUUAUAAUUGCUUUCGCAGAAAUUCAAGAAUAUGAUGAUGUUCUUAGAACCAGCCCGGUCGAAUUGGAUGACAAUGGUCUUACUCUCUGGAAACUGAAGUCGUACAACAAAGAACCAAACAUUUUACUUCAAGAUUUAGGAAGCUGGAGUGACGUAUGUCCUCAUGAAAGGUGGUUUGCGUUUAGCCCUGAGCAAAAACCACAAGUAGAGAAGUAUAUUGCUUGCAAAAAG